UGCUACUGGGAGGUGGACUGGGAAGCGUUUGUGAAUAUUGGUGUUGCAUAUAAGAGCCUGCCGAGGAAGGGACACUGGGACACAGAAAUUGACCGUAGUGACAAGAGCUGGUGUUUCAGCAUCACCAAUUCAAACGGUUACUCCUUCCGACACGGGUUGAGGGAAACUUUUAUACCGGUCCCACACAUCGACGUCCGAGCAUUCCUGGCCAGACGCAGGAGACUGGGACUGUUUCUGGACUGGCCAGCCGGCACUCUGUCCUUUUAUUCAGUUUCUGGUGACAAAAAAACUCUCAUUCAUACCUUCCACACCACGUUCACCGAGCCUCUCUACCCAGCAUUCAGUGUUCAUGGUGGAACUUUGACCUUGUGCAGGGUUGUGAAGCUGCAAAUGGAAACUGCUCGAUCAAGCUUCACACCUGAGAUGAGAAAAGAAAGAGCAGGCGUUUCAUACAGGUUCCUGUUUCCCGGUCCAGGGUUGUUCCAGUGUUCUUUGACUGGUCUGGUCUUUGAUGUGACUCGUGAGAGUGAGGUCACCUACAAGACUCUGAUCUGGGAUCCUCUGGUCCUCCAACCAGCGCACAAAGUGGCCGGAGGCCCGCUGUUCGGCAUCGAGUGUCUUCAGGACUCUAUACGUCAGCUGCACCUCCCACACUGUGAGCCUGAGCCGGCACUGGUCUCUGACAGCAUCUCUGUGGUCCACAUCACGGAUGAUGGCAUGAGCAUCAUACAGCCUCUGGAGAUCACUGAGACUCACGUGGUCGUGGACGUCCCUCACCUCUCCGCCUUCGGCCUCGUCUGGGAUCUCGUUGAGCGGUUUUUCAAUUACAUGACGAAACCCGUUCGUGGCCAAGUCCUGCUCUUCCUGAGAAACAGGCCACGCCCCAUCCUCAGUGUGAUGCUGCUCCCAGGAAACGUCCCUCUGCACGACGUGAAAGUGCAGCACGCUGCUUCAGAGCACAUCGAAGCGCCGUCCUUCUGUUAUUUCCACAAAGGUCAAAAGUACAGUCUGAGCAGCGCCCCGCACCACUUUAAAAUACAGCCUGCACGUGCAGAGUUUUUUGAAAAUUACGGACCAAAUUACCACCCGACCUUUGAGAUCAUCCUGACAACGAACGCAGAGGAAGUGAUGCUGAUGGUGCAAGAUCCCGAGGAGACACGAGUGUGGGAGCACGACCUUCAUCUGCCCGGUGAGCCUUAACUCAGCACAAACUGAAACCUGACAGAGAUCCAACCUGCACAUAAAAGAGAAACGAACUUAAUUCUCUCAAAUCUCCGUCCUCGUUUCACUGUUAAAUAAAUGUAAAAUAAUAAUAAGUUUAUUAAGUUUACACCGCUGUGCGUCUGCCUGAUUCAGUCUGCGCUCUGAAUUUCAUCCACAGUCAGUUUAGUUCGAAGCACAUCUAACAGCAGCACACAUUAACCAAAGUGCUGCACAGCUAAAUGCAAUAAAAGCCUCGAGGCUGAACAAAUGACGAAAAAAGUCUUUGUCCAGAUGAACAGAAUCAACUUCCUGGGAUUUUUAAAAAAAAGAUUACUUGGAGGUGAAACACCCCAUCUCAUUAAUACUAUAAACCAGUGUGUCACACAAAGCCAGGAUUAUCCCACAGGAAGGAAACAGCCUGGUACAUACACACAGCAUUCAGGUGCAGCCAAAGGAAAUCCUGCUUCUACUAAAGGCACGUAACAAUGCCUUCAGAUCAGGUGACGCUCAGGCCUGCAGUACGUCCAGGGCAGACCUGAAGAGGGGCACCAAGAAGGCCGAGCACAGCUACAAGCUGGAGGAACACUUUGUCAACUAGGACCCACGAUGCCUGUGGCUGGGCAUUCACACCAUGAAUGUUUCCUCCUUCAAUGAGCUUCUACGCUCAUUUUGACAAGGACGACAAGGAAAAGUCUGCCAGAACCCUGCCCUCUGAUGACUGCCAUAACCUUCUCUUACCACCAUAGAUGUCCAUAACGCACUGAGCAGUAUCAACGCUCACCAGGCUGCUGGCCCUGACGGCAUUCCUGGACAUGAGCCUCCAGCAUGUGCUGAGCAGCUUGCAGGAGUCUUCACAGA